AUGGCUUCACUAUUCCUCUCUUUUCUUCAUUUCACUCUAAUCUUGAUCCUCUUUUCAUACCCGAGCUUCUUCUUGUACCCAGCCUUUACUGUCUCGGCUUCGUAUGAUGAAUACUCCACAACCCACUUCGAUUUUAGUCUUUUCCACCAGGAUUACUCACCGCCGGCGCCGCCACCUCCUCCUCCGCGGCACUCUCCUUCACUUUCAUGCAAGGACGACCUUGGCGGAAUCGGCUCAAUCGACACCACUUGUGAAAUAGUCUCCAAUUUGAAUCUAACACGAAACGUAUACAUAGAAGGGAAGGGCGAUUUUUAUAUCCUUCCCAAUAUUAAUAUAAAUUGUUCGUUUUCCGGAUGUGAAUUCGCUAUAAAUAUUACUGGUAGUUUCAGUUUAGGUGAAAAUGCUUCGAUUUUGGCUGGGACGUUUGAGCUCGUAGCCAGUAAUGCAAGUUUUGGUAAUGGGUCUACUGUUAAUACCACGGGUUUAGCAGGGUCGCCACCGCCGGAGACGAGUGGAACCCCACAGGGGGUAGAGGGGGGUGGUGGUGGGUAUGGGGGAAGAGGGGCAAGUUGUUUGCUUGAUAAGAAGAAGCUUCCGGAGGAUGUAUGGGGAGGGGAUGCGUAUUCAUGGUCAACAUUGCAGAGGCCGUGGAGUUAUGGGAGUAAAGGUGGGACGACCAGCAAGGAGGUGGAUUAUGGCGGUGGUGGUGGUGGGCGGAUAAUGUUGGUGGUAGAUAGGUUUCUUGAUGUUAAUGGGAGUUUGCUGGUUGAUGGAGGUGAUGGGGGUACCAAAGGUGGAGGUGGGUCUGGUGGCAGUAUCUUUAUUAAGGCUUAUAAGAUGUAA